AUGCCCCCAAGCAUGAGCGAAGCUGAGACGGUCAAGUUUCUACUUCUUUGUCUCGAUAAAUGCGAUACCAAAGCUAUGGACUGGGAUCAAAUUGCAGCGGCCUCUGGCUUGAACGGCCAAAAAGCUGCCUAUAAGAAACUCUGGGACCUCAAAACCAGACUUAAGAAGAAUAUUGAUGGGGGAAACUCUAGCACAGCCUCGCCCACAAAGGUUAAAAAGGCUCGUUCUACCAAGACAUCCCCCAGGAAGAAGAGAAAGGUUGAUUAUUCAGAGGACCGAGACGAGGAAGAGAUUCCUCACGCCCUCGAAGCACAGGUUCAGGACCUCUGA